AUGGCGGCCGCGCAGUGGGAGUUCCGCGUCGUGGCGGGGGGCUACGAGGACGACGACAGAGACAGCGAAGAGGACGGCUGGGAUAUCGGCGUCGUGUGGCAGGAGCCGCAACAGUUGGAUCAAAUGUUGCAGGCGGACAAGAAUGGAGCAUUAAGGAAGGCUCUGUUUUGUGGUGAUGUGUCAUUAAUUGAAGAACUCUUAAACUCCGGUGUGAACAUAGAAUCUAGCUUUCAGUUUGGAUGGACUCCCCUGAUGUGUGCUGCCAGUGUGGCUGACUCUGCGGUAGUGCGUCUUCUUCUGGACAGAGGUGCUAAUGCAUCUUUUGCAAUAGAUAAGUACACUGUGCUGAUGGCGGCAUGUGCUGCAAAUACUUCAGAGGAAAAAGUCUUGAAGACUGUAGAGCUGCUGCUGUCAAGGAAUGCUGACCCUAACCUUACUUGCAGGAGACAAAUGACUCCCCUGAUGUAUGCAGCUCAAAAAGGCUAUUCUCAGGUUGUUGCUCUUCUUGUCGCUCAUGGAGCACACAUAAAUGCCCAAGAUGACAAUGGAUAUUCAGCAUUGAUAUGGGCAGCACAGCAUGGACAUAAAAAUGUAACUUUAAAGUUGCUUGAGCUGGGAGCUGACAAAAAUCUACAGACUAAGGAUGAGAAAACAGCAGCAGAGAUAGCAAAAAUCAACAAAUAUUCAGAGCUUUAUAAUUUACUAUCUUUGGCUGCAAAUCACUUGCAAGGGAGAUCCUAUGAAGCAAUUGAGGAGGCUAUCUACAAAUUUAUGACAGCUGCCUCUGACCAAGGAAUUGAUUCCUAUUCAACUUUCAAUGACAUGGAAGUGUUUUUACAAGGUCUUGGUCUAGGACACGUAAUAGGAUUAUUCAAGGAAAGAGAUACAACUUUAAGAGAACUUCUGAUCACACAAAAAGAUGAGUUAAUACAGAUUGGCCUUACAAAUCCUGAAGAUCAGCAGAAACUCCUAGAUGCCAGUAAUGAGCUAAAAAUGGAAGAAACAGGAAUUGGAGAUGUCUCUGAAGUCGCGAAGCUAGAAUUGAGUGGAGAUGAAUUCCUCAAGUUUCUGAAGAAGUUGAAUGAGGAGUGCCAUAAGCUGACCAUUCUUGUGCAGACCGUGAAUAAGCAUUUUCUCAAUCGUUCCCACAAGAUGGUGCUGCAGUGGACACCAACUGCAAAUUAUAUUGGAGUCUGCAAAGACCUGGUUUGCAGUGUUGAAAAGCUGGGAGAAGAAGCUGCCAAACUGCAGGACCUGAUGGAGAAGCAUGAACAGAGGAGUGACCCCAGACAAGUGAAACUUCCAGAAAAAGCACCCACAUUGGAAAAACGAUUAGUAAAAAUGGGAGUGGUAACAUUGCUUGGAUUUGGUUUUUUCUUCUUUAUAACCAAGGUAGUGGUAAAGAAAACAUUACUUUAGGCUUAUUCUUGUGAAUACUUUUGGAAAAUGCGUUCACAUUGCAGUUUUGUUUGGUAUAUGGAGCUGAGCUGAAGUCAGGAGAAAAUUUGUGUAGCUUCUCAUCAUACAUGUACUGUGUGCAUCC